AUGUCAAAGCCUGCUGUUGUCAUUGUGCCAGGAGCAUGGCACAGGCCACAGCACUACCAAAAGCUCAUCGAGAAGCUACAUGAGCACGAAUACGAAGCAGUAGGCGUACCAUUGGCCUCAGUCGACGCUAAGCCACCAGUUCCAAGCUGGGAAAAGGACGCACAAGCGAUUCGGAACGAAGUCUUGAGAAAGCUGGACGCCGGUAAGGACGUCAUUACGAUAGCACAUUCGUAUGGCGGUAUUCCAAUGGGAGAAGCUGUCAAGGGCUUGGGAAAGAAAGCCCGAGAAGAGCAAGGAUUCAAAACGGGUGUGACGCGGUUGAUCUACAUGUGCGCGGUUGCACCCAAGGAAGGACAAACCUUUCAGGAUGCGACCAACCCCGUCACGGAAGAGGAAAUCCAGGCGGCUAUGCGACGGAUGCAGGCGGGCAAGAUCGAAGAGGACGGUACAAUGGUCGCGGGCGACAAGGACGCCGGCAGAGAGCUCUUGUAUAACCGCUGCGACCCCAAGGAUGUGGAUGCUGCGUUGGAAAUUAUGGGCACACACUCCUUGGGAACUUUGCUCGUCCCUGCCACCACGACGGCCUUCAAGGAGAUUCCGAGCACGUACAUCCUCACGGAGAAUGACCGUGCCUUGCUACCUACCGUGCAGGAGAGGAUCAUUGCUGCGGGAGAAGGUGCUUUUGAUGUGGAGAGAUGUCAGGAGGGUCAUGCGCCUUAUCUGAGCAACCCAGGCUUCGUCGUGGACUGCAUUCGCCGGGCUGCGGGUGAGAAGGUCUGA